AUGAGGAACAUAAAAGGUGGUGUUGACAGCCUCAGACACACUCUCUUCAAGGAUGGCUUUGUUGUAAGAAAUUUCAAGGCUAGAAAAUUCUUGUCUCUUGAUGCUUUACAGCAGAAGCAAAUCCGAGAAAAGGCUUUAGCAGAUGCUUUUGCCAAAGAAGAAGAAGCGAAAGCUCGAGAGAAGGCUGCUAGAGAGGCAAGAGGUAGAGCACAGGCAAGGAUUUCCUCUGUGAAUAAAAGCUCAUGGGAUGUUGCUAUUGCACAAAGUUCGGACCGCUACAGUGAAGUCACUACCUCAGCGACAUUUCAGCAACUUGAUAGCGAAAUCGAAGAUUUGCUCUCCAAUAAAUUGAGGCUCCCGUCUUUUAAAGUAUCGAACAGGCCCUGGAUAAAGGAAUCAUCGGAAGCUACUCCGCAAACGAGAGGAGGUGAAUCAUUAUCGCAGAGAAUUCAGACCACUACGAAAACUCAGGGAUCGAACUUCCCCAACUUGAAGCCAACACCAGAUUAUAAACCGUAUUCAGAUUCAGAACUUUUCCUCAGGCAUUUGAUCCAUACUGGAAAGUCAGGAAAGUUGGGCUCGCAACUUGUGGAUGUUCAUCAAGCUAUAGAUGCGAGGGAAAAUCCGCAACCAAUUUCUGAGAUUUCUAUCAGCCAUUUGAUGAGUGCUGGCUGCCAUUUUGGCCAUUCCAAAUCUCUGUGGAGACCUUCAACACAACCAUAUAUAUUCGGAGAGUAUCAAGGCACACAUCUCAUCGAUCUUAAUGAGACAUUGGCGGCACUCAAACGAGCAGCACAUGUUAUCAAAGAUGUAUCUAGGAAAGGCGGGCUUGUCUUAUAUGUGGGAACAGGCAAGCUGGUAGAACAACAUCGUGCACUUGAAAGAGCCGCUGAAAGAAGUGGAGGGUAUUACGUUUCCCGAAGAUGGAUACCAGGAACCAUUACUAAUGCCUUGGAGGUCACAAAGCAGUUAGGUGGUGUUCAAAAAGUUGAGGUCAACAUGGGUGAUGACAUCACGCUGAGGAAUAUUUCGCAGGAUGGCACCAUCAAGCCUGACAUUGUUAUUAUCUUGAACCCGGUCGAAAACAGGAAUGUCAUUAACGAGUGUACGAUUGCUCGUAUUCCAACAAUUGGUCUCUCAGAUACCGAUAUGGAGCCUUCACUCUUGUCGUACCCAAUCCCGUGUAAUGAUGACUCUAUAAGAGCUAUUACCCUAGUUUUGGGCGUGUUAUCAAGAGCCGCAGAAGAGGGCGUUCAAGAGAGAAAGGGGUAUUUUCAAAAAUUUUCUUCGGUCAAAUCAUCUGCUCUGGUCUGA